UUUAGAUAUUUUUUCAUUAAGAUUAUGAUCUAAAGUUAAAUAUGGACGGACAAUACGACAAUACGCCCACUACGCUUGGAAUCGGACAGGGUUACAUCACUAACCCCAUGCACACCCCAUCUGAGUACGGGGGAAACACCACAGCCCCCCAAAGUGGGACCCCUGCUGACCUCGACACUCGUAGUGGGGGUGAUGGGGUCAUGCAGUCGGUCGUUUCACGCAAGCAAGACAUCAGCGAGAUUCUGCAGCAGAUUAUGACGAUCACCGACCAGAGUUUGGACGAAGCACAAGCGAGAAAACACGCAUUGAAUGUUCAUCGCAUGAAAGGAGCGCUGUUCCAAGUUUUGUGCGAGAUAAAAGAAAAAGCAGUAUUAAACAUGCGUUCACCACCGGAAGACGAACCACCUGACCCCCAACAACUACGUCUUGAUCGGAUGUUGGAAUCAGAGGGGGUAGCAGGUCCAGAGGGAAGUGGGUCAGCAGCUGCCAUCUCAGCAGCGACCUCUGCUGGCAACGAUAGUGCGGAACAUAGUGACUACCGAGCCAAACUCGCUCAGAUUCGACAAAUUUAUCAUUCGGAGCUUGAGAAAUAUAACCAGGCUUGCAACGAGUUCACGAGCCACGUGAUGAACCUGCUUCGCGAACAAAGUCGCACACGCCCGAUAUCCAACAAAGAGAUUGAACGGAUGAUCGCCAUCAUCACUAAGAAGUUUAACAACAUACAACUUCAACUGAAGCAAAGUACUUGUGAGGCCGUGAUGAUAUUAAGGUCAAGGUUUCUGGAUGCAAGACGCAAGCGUCGUAACUUUAGCAAGCAAGCAACUGAAGUGUUAAACGAAUACUUCUACUCCCACCUCAGCAACCCUUAUCCAAGUGAGGAGGCCAAGGAGGAAUUGGCAAGGAAAUGUACAAUCACCGUUUCACAGGUUUCAAACUGGUUUGGCAACAAGCGUAUUCGUUACAAGAAAAACAUCGGAAAAUUUCAAGAAGAAGCAAAUUUGUACGCGGCUAAAACUGCUCAAGCUGCUGUUAGUGCAGUGCAAAGUGCGCAUGGACAGGAUGGGUUAGGGGGAACUCCCCCUGACCAUGACCCCACUGAGGGUAACAUAGACUCACCAGACACGGGGCCGGAGACCCCUACAUCGGGUCACAAUUAUUCCAGCCCCACCUCGCAGCGUUACGCAGGGGAUAUGGGGUAUAUGGGGGUCAAUGGGGAGGGGUAUAACAAUCAAAACCAGGGGAUGUCGUUUGGUGGUGAUGGUGGAUUGGGGGGGCAACAACAUAUCUAUAGUCCACAGGGGGGAGUUUGGCCGCGUCAGGACGGGAACAAUGGACCUACUGUGACAUCACCAGGGAACAGAUCAGACUCGGCUGAUUAAUUAUGAUGUCAUAAUCAUGAGGAGUGAUGUCGUAACGGAUUUUGCCUGAAACCUGAAUUCACAGAUUAUGAUGUCACAAGUUUUUAUUGUAAUGGAUUGUGAUGUCAUCAUACACAAUUGUGACAUCAUGGUAGAAAAACAUUUUAAAUUUCUGUUUUUACACAUCAUGUCCUAACACACAAUAUGCUGCUUCAUAAAUUACAGCAGCAAAUAUUCCACAUGAGCGGGUUAUAUAUCAUAGAACCUAUUGGCUAUUAAUAAAACACAGUUUUUACCCUAUUUUUAACUUUAAACAUUUUCACUAUUAAGAAUAUCAUCAUUGUUUUGACCCUAAACCCCAAACUGCAAAGAUUCGCAAAUUUCUUUAACACCUAAUACAUGAAUAAAACUAAAUAUCCGUGUUAAAUUUAACUUUAAAACAUCUUGCAAAAGUAAAUUUCUUCCACACGCAUGACAAUAUAUAGGAAAGUGUUUUUAAGCGAAUACGUUCUAUGGUAUAUUUAUCUUACACAUUUGGUACAUAAUGGGUGCUUUCCCUAAUAUGGGAAUUAGCAGUGUUGCGAGUUACUGCCAACUUUAAAUUCUUAAUCAGGCAACACUGAACUUAUUGUAUUCACUUAUUUGCCGAAUAAUGGGCAUUGUUUGCUAACUAGUGUUUAUUGUUUGCCGAAUAAUGUCGUUUCUUGCACCGCCUUUUACACACGCAGCAGCAAAGUUUUUCAAAAUUUGAAAUUUCCUAAAUUUUAGAAGACUUGAGUACUUGGUGCUUUGCUUGUAAUCAUCCAACAUUUAAUCAAUAAAAUGAUUUUCACCCAAAA